UGACUCUCAAACAAUAGAGGAGUUUGAGAAAUGUUGGGAAGUGAUGAUUACAACAUACAACUUGCAGGAGAAUGCUUGGUUGCAGAAUUUAUAUGCUGAGCGUACCUAUUGGGCACCGGUAUUUUUGAAAGAAGUUUUUUGGGCUGGAAUGAGUACAACCCAACGAAGUGAGAGCAUGAAUGCAUUCUUUGACGGGUAUGUUCAUGCAAAGACAAACUUAAAAGAGUUUGUUGAUCAAUUCGAUAAUGCGUUGAGGAAGAAGAUUCAAAAUGAAAAUGCGGCGGAUUUUCACUCAUUCAACGUCACAAUUCCUGCAGUCUCUAUUUCUCCACUUGAGAAGAUAUUUCAAGCCACAUACACCAACUCUAAAUUUAGAGAAGUUCAAAAAGAAGUAAUAGGAAUGGUUGGUGUUCUUCCAACUCUACACCGGAAGGAUGAUGUAAUUGCAACGUACCAUGUAGAAGAUGAAGUUUGUGUUGAUGAUUUCAUCAAGGAGGUGACCCAAACGGUGUAUUUUAAUGAGGUUGAAGUUGAUGUGAAGUGUUCAUGUGCACUGUUCGAAAUGAGAGGGAUAUUGUGUAGACAUGCAUUAGCCAUUAUGAGAGUUAACAAAGUGAAAAAGGUGCCAGAAAAGUAUAUAUUAGAUCGAUGGAGGAAGGACAUUAAAAGAACAUACACUUUUAUACGAAGUACUUAUGACUCAGUUGAUGCAAGGCCAGAAGUGAGCAGGUAUUCACGUAUAUUGAAGGUAUGCUAUGACGUUGCCACAAAUGCAGCGUCAUGUGAUGAGCAUGCUAAUGAUAUGAUAGAUAAGUUACAUGCAAUGAACAUCGUCUAUCGCACGAAGAAGUCGCCCCAACGACCCUUGGAACAUGUUGCAGAUACAAUUGUCGAUGCACCUACAGCUUGGAAUUCAAAGAAAGUCCUGAGUCCCCUUGUAGUUAGAGGCAAAGGGAGACCGCCAUGCCUCAGGAAAAAAUCAAUGAUUGAGAGAGUCAAACCCACAACCAAGAAGGCUACUCAAAAGGGAAAACAUAAACAGCCACAUGGAAGAGAUAUCGACAGGGAUGACACGUGCAGAAAUUUAUUUGGACAAACAAAUGUUGGGACACAAGAGAGUGUUGUCUUUGAGCCUCUUCAAAACACUACCGAAGUGUUGGACUUUGGUGAAACCCAACUUGGGGAUGGCACAUAUGAAGCUCUAGAUGGGACUGAAGAUCAUGGACAUGUGCAAGGAUGAAGAUGUUGAAAUACUUUCAUCUCUUUCUAAUUAUGUGUUGGGACUUGUUUAUGUUAUGACUCGGUUGGUAUAAUGAUGGGAGGUUGGGAUUUUGAGUUGUAAGUGUUAAGUCAUACUUGUGAAGUAGGGAGUAUGCUAUUGGUAUAUGCAAUAGAAUCUUGUAUAUAAUGAAAUUAUAUUUUGUUGAGU